CCCUCAUGGCUUUGCACUGCACACUGCUUCCUUCUGUCAGCCACCACAGCACAGGAACAGCCGUCCACAUCCACCUGGAACCAUGCAGUCAGCCGAGUCCAGAUUCAACAAGAACAGCCUGCUCCUGACCCUGAGGCGCUACAGCUCGGCCGUCAGCGACAUGGAGAAGGCCAUCCUCCUCCCGAGCCUGCUGCGGGACGUCCCCUCCGACGAGGCGUGGGACUCCGAGGCGGCGGACGAGAGCGGCCGAGACCUGUACGGCAACUACGCCAUGCUCAAGGCCAUAAGGAACACGGUGGAGAGCGGACUGGUCCACAUCGACGACCACAAAGCCAAGAGCAACGGGGCACUCAACAAGACCCUGGAGCCUCUUCUGGACACAGAUCCCGAAGCCCUCUUCCGCUUCCAUCUGAGAGGACUGUUCACCGUGAUGAGCGACCUCACCAAAAAGACUCAGAACAUCACUGAUAAAUACAUGGAUAUAAUUGGUGUGUCAAACUAAUAACGGCAAAACCAUAACAUCUAUGGACUAACUAAGUACCGUUGUGUAAAAAACUGUUUACAUGGGAUUGUACACAUUCUUCUCACUUAAUAUCUAAUAAAUACUCAUUGCCAGAACUAA